GAAACCGGGAGGGAGCGAAGGAGAAAGGAAAGCUGCCGGAGGGCGGGAGUGGAAAGGACCCUGGCGAGCGCCGGGAGGAGCGGCGGCUGCGAGACUGGCUGCCGGGCAGGCACAGGGACAGGUACCUGGAGAAGUACUGGGAGGGCGCCCAGGAGCGCUACCGGGAGAGGGUGGUGAAGCGCAGGGCCAAGAGCGCGAAGCAGGUCGGGGAGGACCGGGUCGAGGGGAAGUACCCCCUGGAGAAGAAGCCCCACUGUCUGAGGCAUCUAGGGACAGUGGAGACCGAGGAGGAGGAGGAGAAGAAGGCCUGUGGAAGGAAGACCAGCCACUUGGAAGUCCCGCAGCCUCAACUCCGGCGGCCCACAGUCAGAUUCAGUAUCUACCCAACAUCUCCACGCACGUCUCAGCGGUUCCUCCCCUGCUGCCUCUCGGGCAGCACUGCCAUUAACGAGCUGGCGAAGAUGGGGGACCCGAAUCUCCUCGAAGUGUUGGCGGAGGAAGGGAAAAUAGCCCACAAAGACAUAGACUACUCUUUCCAAAUGAGUGAGCAGAGCCUGAGCAGCAGAGAGACCAGCUUUCUCAUCAACGAAGAAACAAUGCCUGCAAAGCGAUACAAUUUGUUCCUGAGGCGGCGGCUUAUGUUUCAAAGAAAUCAGCAAAGCAAAGAUUCUAUCUUCUUUCGAGAUGGGAUUAGGCAAAUUGACUUUGUGCUUUCCUAUGUUGAUGACAUAAAGAAAGAUUCAGAGUUAAAGGCGGAAAGAAGAAAAGAGUUUGAAAAAAAUCUCAGAAAAACAGGUCUUGAGUUGGAAAUUGAAGACAAAAGGGACUCUGAAGACGGAAGAACUUAUUUUGUCAAGAUCCAUGCCCCUUGGGAGGUAUUAGUUACCUAUGCUGAAGUCUUGGGAAUCAAAAUGCCUAUUAAGGAGAGUGAUAUCCCACGCCCUAAGCACACUCCUAUAAGCUAUGUGCUUGGACCUGUAAGACUCCCACAGAAUGUGAAGUAUCCCCAUCCUGAAUAUUUUACUGCCCAAUUCAGCAGACAUCGGCAGGAGCUGUUCCUCAUUGAAGAUCAAGCAACCUUCUUUCCAUCCUCAUCAAGAAACAGAAUUGUGUACUAUAUUCUCUCAAGAUGUCCUUUCGGCAUAGAAGAUGGGAAGAAAAGGUUUGGGAUUGAAAGACUGCUAACAUCUAACACUUAUUCAUCAGCCUAUCCACUCCACGAUGGCCAAUAUUGGAAGCCAUCAGAACCUCCCAAUCCUGCUAAUGAAAGAUACAUACUUCGCAAGAAUUGGGCUCGAUUUUCCUAUUUCUACAAGGAGCAGCCUUUAGAUUUGAUUAAGAAUUAUUAUGGAGAAAAAAUUGGCAUCUAUUUUGUCUUUCUUGGAUAUUACACAGAAAUGCUGUUCUUUGCAGCUAUAGUUGGAUUAGCUUGUUUUAUUUAUGGUUUAUUAUCAAUGGAACAUAACGCAUGCAGCAUUGAAAUCUGUGACCCUGAGAUUGGUGGUCAGAUGAUCAUGUGCCCACUCUGUGAUCAAGUAUGUGAUUAUUGGAGAUUAAACAGUACGUGUUUAGCCUCGAAGUUCUCCCAUUUGUUUGAUAAUGAGUCAACAGUGUUCUUUGCAAUAUUCAUGGGAAUUUGGGUCACCUUAUUUUUGGAGUUUUGGAAACAACGACAAGCCAGACUGGAAUAUGAGUGGGACCUGGUAGACUUUGAGGAGGAACAGCAGCAGCUCCAGCUGAGACCGGAAUUUGAAGCUAUGUGUAAACACAGGAAAUUGAAUGCAGUGACUAAGGAGAUGGAACCUUACAUGCCUCUAUACACACGUAUUCCAUGGUACUUUUUUUCAGGAGCCACAGUGACAUUAUGGAUGUCUCUUGUCGUCACCAGUAUGGUAGCUGUAAUUGUGUACCGCCUGUCAGUCUUUGCCACAUUUGCUAGUUUCAUGGAAAGUGAUGCAUCCUUAAAGCAGGUCAAAAGCUUCCUUACUCCUCAGAUAGCUACAUCACUCACAGGAUCGUGCUUGAACUUUAUAGUCAUCUUGAUCUUGAAUUUCUUUUAUGAAAGGAUAUCUGCCUGGAUUACAAAAAUGGAAAUUCCUCGAACUUACCAGGAGUAUGAGAGCAGUCUAACCUUGAAAAUGUUCCUGUUUCAGUUUGUAAAUUUUUAUUCAGCCUGCUUCUACGUAGCUUUCUUUAAAGGAAAGUUUGUAGGCUAUCCUGGAAGAUACACAUAUUUAUUUAAUGAGUGGAGAGGUGAAGAGUGUGAUCCUGGAGGCUGUCUUAUAGAAUUAACAACCCAGUUGACCAUUAUAAUGACGGGGAAACAGAUUUUUGGAAACGUUAAAGAAGCCAUUUAUCCCUUGGCUUUGAAUUGGUGGAGACGCCGAAAAGCUCGGACAAACUCUGAGAAGCUGUAUAGUCGAUGGGAGCAGGAUCAUGACCUUGAAAGUUUUGGACCCCUUGGGCUUUUUUAUGAGUACUUAGAAACAGUUAUUCAAUUUGGAUUUGUUACACUAUUUGUGGCCUCUUUUCCUUUGGCUCCUCUUCUUGCUCUCAUAAAUAAUAUUGUAGAGAUUCGAGUGGAUGCCUGGAAACUUACCACUCAGUACAGGAGAACUGUAGCUUCUAAAGCUCAUAGCAUAGGUGUUUGGCAAGACAUUCUUUAUGGAAUGGCUGUCCUUUCUGUUGCAACUAAUGCUUUUAUUGUUGCAUUUACGUCGGACAUCAUUCCUCGUUUAGUUUACUAUUAUGCUUACUCAACAAAUGCCACGCAGCCUAUGAGAGGAUAUGUCAAUAACAGCCUGUCAGUAUUCCUGAUAGCUGAUUUUCCAAACCACACUGCACCCUCGGAAACACGAGACUUCAUCACUUGCAGGUACAGAGAUUACAGACAUCCUCCUGAUGAUGAGAAUAAAUAUUUUCAUAAUAUGCAAUUCUGGCAUGUCCUUGCUGCCAAGAUGACCUUCAUCAUUGUUAUGGAACAUGUUGUGUUUUUAGUUAAAUUUUUGCUGGCCUGGAUGAUACCUGAUGUUCCAAAAGAUGUUGUGGAGAGAAUCAAGCGAGAAAAGUUAAUGACUAUCAAGAUUCUCCAUGACUUUGAGCUCAACAAAUUAAAAGAGAACUUGGGAAUUAAUUCUGAUGAACUUGCCAAGCAUGUCAUGAUUGAGGAAAACAAAGCACAGCUGGCUAAAUCAACAAUCUAGUCAGCAUAAUGAGGAAGCAGCAGGUGGCUUGCCUUACUUCUUUUUCCUCUGGGUUUAGGGCCAGAGGCUAGAAGCCAUGUGUCAAUUUUCUCCUUUCUUUCUUUUUUUUUUUUUUUAAUUUAAAGUUUUUAUACACUUUUGUAGAGGCCAACUUUGUGAUGUUGGGAGUGUGCUACUUCUCUGCUUCAUUGAUUGGGCCCUCUCCAGACUAUAUUGUCUGAGGUGCUGUAAAUGACUGUUGAAAGUGCGGGUAAAAUCAAAAUACUGGGAAAUCAUGGAGUCUUGCAGUUUAGAAAACACGGGCCUUGGGCUGUCCCAUCACUUUCCAGUGCAUCUAUAUAUUUUUAUGGUCUUCUCUUGGGUUAUUUGAUACCUCUUUCCCCAUUAAGGAAAACGUUGGGGCAAAACAAAAGGAAUCAAAGAGGCUGACUGAGCCUUAUAUAUUCUCUCAUUCUAAAAUAUGAAAAGGAAUUGCCAAAAUCAGAUCACAUAAGAAAAUUCACAAAUUAAAGCAUUAACAUAUCAUAGCAGAGGUUUAUUCCUGAAAUUGUCCUGAACACAUUCAACUACCGUCAGAAUCCCAGACAGUUCUUCAUGGUAAAUACAGAAUUCAUUUUCUGGAGACUGAAAUUUUGGAUUUCAACAGAAAACUAACAAUUCAAUUCUUAGAGAUAAGUAUUUGGUAAUAAUAGUUUCAAGACUGAUCUUAUCUGGAAAACAACAUUAUGCAGCGGUUAGAUUGCUUCAGGCUCUCAAGUAAAGAUAUAAUAGAAAAGGAAGGGUGUUUCCUUAGUAGUUAAUGGGUGCAAGACAGUGUAUAUUGAUUAAUUUGUUAAUUUUAAUCUAGAAAAUUGUUAAAUUAUUCCUCAAAAAUUACUUUUCUUUUUGAAUGCCAAUUUUGCAUCAUGAAGCUUUUUUGUAUAAGUUAGGUACAAGUUGUUUAUGAUAAACAUUUUUUUGCUUUAAAAUAAUUGCGAAUCUUUAAUAAGUUUUCAGGCUUUUGUGUUCAUGUGCCACCUUAUAUGAUGCUCAGUGCCUUGUUCCAAUACCUCUGAUACACAAGAAGUCAUGUUGUUAGCGAGCGACUUGAUGUGAUGUAACAUCUUAAAUGUAAGCUUGUCUUAAAUAAAUUCUCAGUGUAACAACCACCACAGACUUGAACGCCAAAAGAGAAUCAACCAGCUAAGAAUGACUUCAUGGACUUAAUAAUCUAAGGGGGAAAGAAAUGUUUGCUGAAUUAUUUCUCUCCAAUUUAGGCCUGUGUUAUAUGCAUAAAAAUCCUUGUUCUUUUUUCACUUAAAAUAUUAAAUAUGUAUAAAUCGGUGUAUCUGCACACACACAUUAUCUAUAUAUAAAAUUAUUAGCACCAGAGCAAUACAGUCCAGUUAUGUAGUAUUUGAAAAUCUAGUUUCAAAUUAUAAUUCGCCUCCAAAAGAAUAUUGUUUUUUAAUCACACGCAUAAGAGAUUUUAUCACAAGAUUUAAAAGUAAUAUUUUGUUAUCUAAUACUAAUAAAUUGUUGUGGUACUGCCAGUAUUAAACAUAUGGCAGAUGGUAUUAACCACUGAUCAGUAGUAAGCAUUUAGAACUGAGGAUUAUGGAUUUUCUAAACUAUGAGACAGUCACCCCAGUUUGGGCGGGGACCAAUCCCCAGUACUGAUUUGUUAUCCACUGGGUAGACUUUAUAAACAUUCUUGGGUAAUUUGAAAUGAUCUCAUUAUUGAAAGAUGAUUUCAUAUGUAGAGGAGGUAAUAUUUCUUUCUUGAAAAAGCCAGUCAGGGUUACCAUGAUGUGUGCCACAGGUGCAGGAUCUUCGGCUUGCCAACUCAGAUUCUGCAUUGCUACAGCAUACAUGCACACAGCUUGUAUUGCUUCCUUCCUGGGUGCUGAUAAUAAGAAAGUGCAUGGAAAUUGGCUUCUUGAAUAUAAGCUUUAAUUUUUUAAGGCUUAAAAGUAUUCAUAGAGCUAGACUGCAUGAUAAAUAAGGACAAAUUUAAUUCACAAAGUUAUCUGUACACUGCAAUUUUAAAAUAUAUCAACUAAAGUCCUGGGUUUCUGGAAGUGUAUGGAGAAAACAGCAAGGGAAGAAAUUGUUUUUAAGAUUCCCAUGAUUGAUGGAUAUUUUCCUUUUAAAAUGUUAUUGACUGAUAUUUUGUAUUCAUGUUUAAAUUUCUUACCAAGACAUUUAUCUUCGUUUUGCAGAUUUAAAAAUAAAAUACAGGUAUUCCUCACUUUUAUGAAAGCGUGCUAACCAAAAUCAGGAGCCAAACCAAUUCAGAUAGAUUUGUCUCGUCUAAUUAAACCUAUUGGUUUUGGUGGGAGGGCUGCAUUAAAAGCACCCUACUGCCAUAUAUGAGUUGAUAGUUGCCAGCAUGGCAGAUGAUUUUAUCCGCUGACCAAACCAGUAGUUCUGUUUUGUUUUCAGAAUGUUCUCGGGAACAUUUGAGAUUUUAUGUGAAAUAAAAUUUUAAGUGCCGGAGCCAAAAAAAAAUGCUUAGCUCUUUUCAAAUCCUCGCUUUCAUCCUUACCUUCAUCAAUUUUUCUUUGCACGCAGGAAGCAAAAUCUACUUCAAAACAUUUACUUUAGAGGAAUCCAUUAAGAGGGGAGUGUUUUACUUAAAUGAAAUGCUAUCUUAUUUUUGCUGUGUCUUUUGACGCCUUCUUGGCUUUAAUGUUCUUCUUUUAACCAAGUCAUCAUGCAGGUUAUCAAAGAGGGGAAAGAUGAGGACAGAGGAAGGUGAUGGGAGAUGAGAAAGAGGAGGAGGGAGGAGAGAGUUAUUUCCUUAUGAAUCCUGUGUGUGUUUCUUUGGAAGAAAGAUCUGUUCCGAGGGAACUUGGUCCAACUGUGGUUGCUAAGAGUUCUAUCUCUUAACAAAGGCAUCUAAUGAAAGGGAGAGAAAAGCUAAAGAAAUUUCAAUGUGACAACUAUUAUGUGUGACAACUAUUAUGUGUCAAAAUAAAACUUAGAUUCCAAAGUGAUUUUGUAGUGUUGGGCGCUGUGAAUAGCUAUGGAUCUCUGUUGAUCGACUCCAGUUGAAGGUGAGAAACCUGCAUCAAUCAUUCAAAACGGGGCUCUCUCAUAUUUCUUUUAAAUUGUUAAUAGUUGUUAUGUAACCAAAGAAUUUUAUGAAGAAAAAUAAUAUUGCAAAAGGUGCAAUUAUCCAGGCUUACAAGUCAGCUACAAUGAGCCGAUAUUCUUUUUCUAGACAAAUUUUGACUCUUCUACUUUUAUGUGUAAUAAUUCCAGUAUUCUAUUUAUUUCAGCAUUAUGUGAAAAAUGAUGAGAAUGUUAACAAAAAGAGUGUGGUUUAAGUGGCGUGAGAUACCUGCUUCCAUCCCCCUCAAAGGUUUGUCUACGUAUAUCUCUCCUAUGUGUGACAUUAUGUGCCCUGGUGUUAACCUAGAAAAUAAGUGCUCCUUUUUUACAUUUUUUUUCUUCCAAGAAUUUUUACCAGGAAGAAAGGAUAUGCAGGUAUGCGGGAAAAGCUGUCUUAAGUAAUGUGUACAUAAAUCUCAAGAGAAUCAAAUUCACACAGUGAACAAAGUAAUACUUAAACUA